AUGGCGCUCUCGAAUGCGGAGGCGGAAGCCUUGAUCCCCCAGUUCAAGCUGGAAAAAUUUCUCAACCAAGGCUCCAUUCAGGAUAAGCCAGCGCUUCUCGUCGCUGAACGUGCAGCCUUCUCCGUUGAGCCGGCCCAUUUGCAGAGCUUCACGUCGUCGUUAGCGAACAUAAAAAAUCUCGGAGCCAAUGACAUCUACUUUUGGUUCCUUGCAGCCACUGCGGCCGACUCCCAGAAUUCCACCCAGCCACCAGACCUCAAGAUCAAUCUGAUCUGGCCUUGCAACGAGAAACACAUCAAGAAGUACUCGCAGCAAGGGAUCCGCAUGGUGACCGAAACGCCGGAAAUCUACAGGGAUCAUGUGCGUCCUUACAUGCAAAAGCAGCGGGAAGAGGGAAGGCUCAACUGGGUUUUCAACAUCAUCGAAGGACGCACUGAACAGGAGGAUGUCUUUUUCCGCGAGCACGGAGAAGAGGGGUUCCUCGUGUUGCCGGACCUCAACUGGGACCGCAAGACCAUGACCAGUCUCCACCUGCUUGGACUCGUGGAGCGCCGCGACAUUUGGUCGGUGAGAGACCUCAAGAAGGCGCACAUUACAUGGCUCAAGCACAUGCGCGCAAAGUUUCUGGAGGCGACGGUGAAACUGUACCCCGAGCUUGAGAAGGACCAGCUCAAGCUCUACGUCCACUAUCAACCAACCUACUAUCACUUCCAUGUGCAUAUAGUGCACGUGGCUCUCGAGGCCGGCGCAACUCAGGCCACAGGAAAGGCCUUGGGCUUGGAAAACAUCAUCAGCCAGCUCGAGCACAUGGCUGGCCCGGAGGACACGGCGGGCAUGACCGACGUGUCUUUGACCUACACCGUGGGCGAAGCUAGCGAGCUGUGGACCGAGAUCUUCCAGCCAUUGAGAGGUAGCGGAAGCUCGUAA